CACAACCCUUCUGCUCACCAUGUCUAGCUCUAAUCUACGUAGACCCACUCCACUGACCAUUCAUCCUCCCUCCCCCACAGAUCAACCCUCAUCAUCCACCCCUCAAGCAUUCGCUUUCCCAGCAAAUCUCUUAGCUUCCCCUCGUAAAUUCACACUCCCUCCUUCUCCUACCUAUUCCAACCCCGGGCACGCUUACGAUGAGCGACCUCGAAUAAGUACAGAGGUAUCAAGAGAAGGUCCGCCAGUACCAGCGAAGAAUGACAAACGACUUCCUUUACCUCCCAGCUCUGGUCCUGUCAGUCCCGGAAAGGCUCAAGGCAAAGGAGGCUUCGGAGCUGGGGCUUAUGACAACAAGCUUGUGUCUUCCACGUUAUCACAUUUACCGCCUUUACCACAAUCAUCUCCCAAUUCCACUGGACCCCAACACACAGCCGCCAUGCCAACUUCCACUCUGCUUCAUCCUCCCGGAAUGGCGUCCUCGACUUCAUUUGCCAACUUGGGUGCGAGAUCCAGAAGACCGUCCGUUUCUAGUCAGCAGGGAAGCUCUGUGGUCGUUCUUCCAGAUGGAACCGCCUUGCCUACUUCUGCGCCU